CCUUGGAACGCUAAGGAGCACGCGCUGAUCGUCGUCGCAUACUGGGGCAGCUGCUACACCGCAUAUGGUCUUGGUCCCCUGUCGGCCAUGGAGCUGUACUACGGCAGGAAGAUCAAUGCUGGCUGGGGCAUUGUCUUCCUGAUUACCACCCAGAUGAUUGGCUAUGGCCUUGUGGGCUUCUAUCGCGACAUCCUGGUUCGCCCUCCCAAAAUGUACUAUCCGGGUGUGCUCCCCAAUGUGGCCUUGUUCAAUGCUAUGCACAAGAAUCCGGCCGCCACCAAGAGGGCGCUCAAGUUCUUCGCUAUCGUUGCAUGUGCAGCCUUCGUCUGGGAGUGGUUUCCUCAACUGAUCUUCCCUCUGCUGGCUUCGGUGCCACUGGUGUGUUACUUUGGGCAUGGCCACUGGAAACCAUUCGUCCUGGGAUCCGGGACUUAUGGAUUUGGGCUCCUUAACUUCUCCUUUGAUUGGAACUACGUCGCUUUCUGGUCGCCGCUGUACACUCCUUUAUGGUCGACCGCUCACCAGGUUGCUGGCGCCGUCUUCACCUGCUGGCUGCUCUAUCCCAUCCUGUACUUCACCAACGCGAUGGACGCGUUGAACUUUGCUCCAAUGUCUACUGCUACCUGGGAUUCCAGUGGACAGGACUACAACAUUUCUAGGAUUAUGACCCCUGAGUUCACUCUCAACAAGACAGCGAUGGAUGCGUACUCCCUUCCCCGGUGGUCGCCGUCAUAUGCCAUGUACUUUUUCUGGGGCUUUGCCGGGACUGCGGCAGCCAUAGUCUACGCCAUUCUUUGGUACGGCAAAGACACGUACACGAACCUGUUGGAUUCGCUUCGCAACCGGAACAAGGAUUACGAUGACCCCUAUCUCAAAGUGAUGUCGCACGAUCCUCGCGUCCCACACUGGUGGCGAGAUGCAGCUGUCCUGGUGGUAAGGAUCCUGUCCGUGAUGUCGUUAACAGUGUCCUCUGACCAGCGUCGUAGGGGCUUCAUCGUAACGAGCUUGAUUUCCUUUAUUUUUACCUGGCCCAACGGCAUCCUCUGGGGAAUUGCCAACAUCCAGGUUGGCAUGACUUUUCUCUCCGAAAUCAUCAGCGGUGCCCUGUUUCCCGGCCAGCCGUCGGCCGUCCUCACGGCCCUCGUGUAUGGCAGGCAGCUCCUCGAGCAGAAUCUCAAUCUCAUUUCGGAUUACAAAUUCGGAUUCUACAUGAAGAUCCCCGAACGUGAGAUGUUCUGGGGACAGGUCUGGGGGACGUUCGUUGGGCCUUUUGUCAACUUUGGGAUGAUGCGAUUCAUCCUGAACACUGAGGGCCCCAAGUUGACUGGCAAGGUGCCGUCCACGACGUGGAAUGCGCUGCAGACGAGGAACUACUACUCCACCUCUGUCGUCUGGGGCAUCCUGGGUCCGAAAGUUCUUUUUAGCCGUGACUCUCCGUACUAUUGGAUUCCUUAUGGAUUCCUGAUUGGUGCGGCGGUCAUGUUUCUUGUCUGGCUUGUGCAUCGGUGGAAGCCUAACUGGAAGCUUGAGACUCGGUUCAAUCCGGUGGUGUUCUUCAACGGCAUAGUCAAUUUUCCGGUGUAUACAACCACGAAUCUGAUGACUUCGGCGUUGGUGGCUUUCACUUUCAUGGGCUAUGUCUAUCGCUAUCAUCCGGUGUGGUUUCGGAAAUACAACUACUUGUUAGGGGUGGGCCUUGACUGUGGCACUCAGCUGAUGCAGACGGUCUUGGUCUUUUGCAUCAAUCUGCCUGGUUCUAGACAGUUCAAUGAGGUGAAUCUCACGUAA